AUGAAUUCAAAAAAUUGCCAUAUCUUCUUUAUAACCAUCGUUCCCGUUAUCAUCGUUCUUUUAUCAUUAUCAUGCUAUUCGAUAGAAUUUGAAAUUAUCGAAAUAUAUCGAGCUGAAUUCAAUCAAUUAGACAUCGAUCGAUUUCCUGAUGGGACUAUUCUAUUGGUAGAUAAAGCUGAAUUUGCUGAUUUCAAUUAUGCAAAUUCCACCAUUGUUGUUAACAGCGUUAGAUUACUUCACCCAAACAAAACUAUAAAAGAUUUGUUCGCUUUUACUCAAUUGUGCCCAAAUACAAAUCUAAAUUGUUUUAUUAAAACGAUAAUACCAUUUAAAGAAAAUCAUGUUCUAAUGAUUUACAUAAAUGAGCUUCGCCAAUACACUGUAGUGAUAGCAGACUGGUCUGACAAUAUUAUUUGGAAUGAUACAACGAUUACAUUAGGGAACUUGGAAAUUGGAACUCCACUAAUCAUUCAAAAUAAUUUUUACGAUGAAAAUAGGUC